AUGGCGAGCCCUGAGAUUUCCCAAGCCGCACGCCGCUGCUACAACAGUCUCUCGAGUCUUGCCCAGGAGUUCGAAAAGAGCAGAAACACAUGGGAGCAUGAACUCACAGAAAGAGACUUCGCGCAACUGCUUGAAAGAUUCGAGCAAUGGGCUGGGAACCUGGGCGCUCUUCGACAGCCUAGCUCCAAGCUAUCGCUCGACCAUCGCCUACGCGAUAGUCCCACGGUCACAGCCUCCAUUUUCAGCAUGCUUGAGGACUUGAACGAGUCUGCCAAAAUGGCUACAGAGAUCGUCUCAGGCCGUCGACCUAACAGAGUCGUGCCGACAUUGGACAUUACUGAUGAAGAAUUGGAGGAAUUCGAUAUUUCCUCCAGCAGUUCUGAGUCAGGCGCAUCUACUACUUCGAACAGCACUCGGGAUAGUCGACACGGCAAACCCUCGGAGAUACAGAAGCUUCUAUCAGCAAUCAGGACAAGCCUCAACAGCCUGUUCAAAGCUUCAGUAUUCAUCCGCAAAUUCGCGCCCGAGGACAGACGCCAACGAGCCUCCAAAACGAAGCCUUUCGUAAACACUGCUGAUUUGAUGUACAUCAAAGAUAAGUAUAGUAUCCUCUGGGAAACCAACGAACCUCUGGCAAUACGUCUAGCGGAGGCAAAUGCUCGGCGGAGACAAUACUUCAAAUAUCGUCAGCAACAUCAAGAAAAGUUGGCUUCCCAACAAGACGACAUAAUCAUGGGCAGAAGAGACGCUCAUCUACGGGCCGAGCCCAAGCCAAUUGACGGAGAACCCCUCCCACAAGGGUCAAUCGUGUCUGCUAUGACCAAGCCUAGCAUUCUAGCAGAAACUGAAGCCACGGAAUUCGUAGUUGACAUCAAGUCACAAACUGUCGUCCAAACACUUGUUGGGCAUGAGCGCAAUACUGUCUACAAGCUGGAUAUCUCAAAAAACGGCAAGCUUCUUGCUUCUGCUGGUGCAGAUUCCGCAGUUCGACUCUGGAGCACCACCACCUGGGAAUGUUCCCACGUUCUUCUAUUUUCAAACAUCGUGACCGGGGUGGCAUUUUCCAACCAAAACGACUUCCUCGUCGCUUUCACUUACGAAUCUAACGCGCUAGUAUGGAAGACCGAUACGACACCAAAGGUUGGAGUACUUUCUGAAGAAGGCCAGCCCAAACCCAGAAUUUGGGAGUGCUACGGCCACACGGGUGGUGUCAAUGACGCUCGAUUUUCUCCCGACGACAAGUACGUGAUUACAGCAUCUCAAGAUUGCUCUGUCAAUGUUUUCCAGGCUGUAAACCAACAAUGCGACGACUCGUCACAGUCCCUGGAAUGUCUCCGGAAAGUCAAGGGCCACAGGGUAUGA